CCUAUGGGUAAUGCCUCCAUUCCUCAUACCUCAAGCAGAGACGUUGACAAAACACCUGAGAUGGUGAGCGAUGAGACGAAGGUGUGCUCUGUGGGUGGAGACAGUUUAGGGUGUGAUUAAGGUGUCAAACAUUCCCAAACAUAGAAGCGAACCAAAAACCGAUCUCAGUGCUUCAGAUUUGGCUUCCCUGGAGUGAGCAGCACACCUGUGAUCCAGAGAGACUUUCCCGGUAACAUCAUGAGUGAAUCAGCUGAAGCUUUGGCGGCUAAUCUCUCAAGCCGGAGAAAUGUCACCAUAGAGAUCACCAACUACACCAGUAACUACGCCUUGCUCGACCCCAAGAUUUACAUGGAUAGUGGUCACUGCCAUGUCCCACCUGGACCUACCAUCGGGCCCAUGAAAACUGAGAUCUGCAACUUCUCCAAGACCAGCGCCAAGACCUCUGGAGCUGUCGGGGUCCUGACUUACGAAGUGGUGCAAAUUCAAACCAAAAAGCCUGUUUUGCUUUUUGUGCUAAUGUUCUCUGUGCCGUACGACCAAAACAUGUACAAGAACUGGCACGGUUCUGGGGUCUUCGGCUUGGAAACAGAGAUAGACGAGAAGCUGUUCAAAAAGAUGUAUUACGACAAAGAGCCACAGGGCUUUGUGCGGGCGGAGGCCAACGGCAGCGGCAUUACAUUCGAGCACGCCUGCCUGGACAUCAUGUCCACCAUGUCCCCUUUGGGCCGCUCCAUCAUGAAGGUGGAGAUCUGGGAGAAGCUGUUCCAUCCUCCCAUGACACAAAGUCCUUACUAAACCGAUCGUUCAUCAUCAAAUCAAUCAUCACAUCACACAUUUAUGAGUAGUCUCAGUUUUUUUCAUUCCUCUGCACACAUGUGCUACUGUACCAUCUGUUCAUGCAAUAAAUCAACCCUUCAAUAGA